GCUGCCUCACUCCUUACCUUGCAUAACCUUGGUUCAGCUGUCUCCAUCGUCAUCGUGUGCGGCAAUGUCAAGGUACUUUUAAACUCAGGCGCUGGUAAGUAUAUUACUAUUAUCUGUCGCCCAUGUUCCCUCCUCACUAUCUUCAUUCAGAUACAUUAUCUACGCUCUGUGCCCUUCCUCGACUCUUACCUAGCGAACGCUUCCUUCCUCCGUCCUUCUUUUCCCUUCUCCAUCUCUUGAUAUCCACUUCAUCCUCCUCCCCGCCAUUUAAUCCUACCACCCACCCUCAUCAAUUUAACUACCCUCCUGACAGCCCAAGUGGUCUGACGUGUGGGUUUUCCUUCAGCCCGUCUCUUGGUUCGUGUGGAAGCCGCAGGCCGGCUAUACUUGUGCAAUCAAAGCAUCUCUGCCCUGGUCCUCUAUCCUGCCUACCGUCGUAGUGGAUAGUCACCUUCCCCGAAGUUCUUCCCCCUCUUUGGCAGUGAUUGUCUAUGUCCCAGUACCGUGAACUGGGUGAGGAUUCUGGAAAAAUGGCCAUUUCAUACGCAAGUGGACUUCCAGCGGAUCAUACUCCAGCUCUUCCGUCCUUUCGAGAGGUGAGCACAUAUCUCCG